AUGAAUAACCAGGAAUCGAUAUCAAGAUAUGACAACUUUGUUCGAGAUAUCUCCAGCAAUACCACUAAUACCAGCAGUAAUAAAGAUAGAUAUGUGAACUUAAAUGCUCAACAUACCAACUCAAACUCUAGUUUAAACCUAAAGUCUGCUUCACAAAUACAAAAUCCGUUUAUACGAAAACCAACCCUCAAUCCCUUUGCCAUGGAUCUACAGAAUGGUUCGGAGGUGCAUAUAAAUAAUACCAAAACUUCAAAUUUUUACCAAAGCCCUAAUAACACUACAACUAUAAUAACUAAUAAACCAACCACUAUUACCUCUUUGAACCAUACCAAGGAAUUAGGCACAUCUCAACAAUAUCGUCACAAUCAAGAAUCACAACCCCCACAUACUUCGACAUCCUUAGCUCAAAAUAUUCGUUCUAACAUUGAGUCAUACCAAAAUGAAUUAGCUAAUACAAGUACAAGCUCUAUCCCAAUAUCUAUUACUAAUUCAAACAUAAGUUCUAAUUCUACUUCAAAUCCUAAUACAAGUAAUAACUCAGUUUUAACCUCAAAUACUGAUAAUCAUGUAAAGAAAUCUCAUCCAUAUAAUCAAGAGGUAAUACCGUCAAGCGGUAAUAAUAAUAAGCAAACAGUAUAUCCAACUACUCCAAUUGAUGAUACUAAAAGAAAUUUAUCUGAAUUUUCUAAGGAUGCCUUGGAAUUUUAUAAUAUUUAUCAAGAGAUUGUUGACGAUUCCACAGAUUUUACUCCUACAUUACAAUUAAAAUGGGUAGAGACAUUAUUAAUUUUUUCAUUUAACGAAAAUUUCAUCAAAAAUUAUAACAUUAAUGCUGAAAAAUUGAAAAAAUAUUUAUCGAACGAAUUAGUGAUUAAAAAUCAAAAAAUUUUAAUUGAUCAUGCGUUUAAAGUUUUAACUAAAUUAAUUUCAAUAAACUAUCCUGAUGCUUUAUAUUUGGCAGGUACAUUAUAUUCAAAUAAAUCAUAUUUGAAAUCGGCCGAUAACAAAUACAUAGAUAUUAGGAGAAUUGUCAGAAAAGAUGAUACUAAAGCAUUAAAAUUCUAUGAAAAAGCUGCAAAUUUAAACCAUUCUGAAUCAUACUAUAGGCUAGGUAUAUGCUACGAAUAUCAAGUUGGUAUAGAGAAGGAUAACACUGAUUCUUCAGAUACUCAAUUUUCUGAACAUUUGAAAAAAUCAUAUAAAUAUUAUGAGAUCGGAGCCAUUAAAUUCUUGAAUCAUAAAUGUAUGUACAAACUAGGUAUGAUUAAUUUGAAUGGAUUCGAAUCAAACCCUGAGAUUAAGUUUAAUAUCAAUAUUGAAACAGGCCUAAAUUGGUUGAAAAAAUCUGCAAAAUUGGGAAAAUUUGGUCAAGCAUAUUAUCAAUUGGGUAAAAUAUAUGAGUUUAAUAAUUUAAAUUCAAAUUUGAAAAAAAAUUUAAUGGAAUUUUCUGAUAUUACUAUUCAGAAUAAAAGUAAAGCUAUCCAUUAUUAUUAUAAAGCCGCAAUUGAAUGUAAUUAUUCAUUAAGCCAAUGGAAAAUUGGUAAUUUAUAUGAGAAUGGUGAUUUAGGUUUACCUAUAUCUACGUUGAAAUCAAUCUUUUGGUAUAUGAGAUGCAUAAACAAUGAUGAAUUUUUGUCAUCUAAGAAUGGUAAUAAUAUUAACAAAAAGAGUGAUAUUGAAGAUAAUCUUCAAAAUAUUAGUCAAGCAAUGGCAAUGCUAUCGAUAAGUGGAUGGUAUUUAACCGGAUCUCCAAAUGUAUUAUUAAUGAAUUUAAAAGAAUCAUUUAAUUGGGUAAAAAAAUCUUGUGAAAUUUCCAGCAACAAAUUAAGUAAGAAUGAAUAUAUUUUAGGUUAUUAUUAUGAAAAUGGUAUUGGCUGCGAUAAAGAUAUUCAACAAUCCAAAAUUCAUUAUCAAAAUUCAUAUAAUCUAGGGUAUCUGAAAGCACUUGAUAGAUUUAAUAAAAGUAGUUUCAUAUGA